AUGUCUAGCCUUCCUGGCCAUGACGCGCUGAAAGCUCUAUGCUCAUGUGAGGCUUGUUCGCAAGGCCUCAAAGAUCAAUGUAAGCUAAACCAACUAGCUUCUGACCACGAACGAGUGGUUGUUUUCCUUCUAGAACAUUCGGCCUGGGACGUGCUCGAAGUCGGCAGUUACGGCUACUUUGUCCCUUGCCACAAGAUUGUUCUAUGUUAUUGGUCCAGUGUCAUCCGGGAUGCCCUCUACAACACCACCCAGCCGGUCCAACGCUUAUCAAUUGAAUUCGAGCCGAGUACCCACAGCCGCAUACUCUGGGGAAUGGUUGUGAUGUGGUGCUAUAGUGGCAUGAUAAUCCAACCAGCAAUCAUGAAUCCUGCGGCAGUAGGCCACCAGAGUACCCUUGAGAGCGCAUGGAACGCGGCGGUGAUGCUCCAUAUGCCCGAAUUAGCCAACCAUUGCAUGCGUCUUGUCUUCGUUAAAUACACUUAUGCUCCUUCCGUUUGGGGAGGAGAUACCACCCGAGCCGAACCCGAUCCCUGGAGCUGCCCCGUCGACGUCAAUGGUCCCCGCCAGCUAUUAAAGUUCAACCGGAAUUCCAUGAACCACCAGAAGUUAUUUCAUUUUGUCGAGGACUUCUUCCUCAUUCGGGGCCCGCUAAAUCCGAGAGCGCGCGCCCAGGCGAGCCAGGAAACAAUCGAAAGCUGGGAGCAAGCUCUGAAGGAUGAUGCCGCCUUCGGCCAGUGGAUCGAAUUUUUGGGUGGUCUUGAACAUGAGAUUCACGGACCGAUCCUGCCGACCCAUUUCAGACAGUGGCAUAAGUACUUCUUACGGGUACCGAGACGGGAUAUCCUAGAUUGGGCAAGGCAGUAUGAUGCGGUGAUGUCGUCGUUGCAGGGUGAGAAGUUGGAACUGAAGGGGCACUGGCGACUUUUGAACACAGGCGAUGAUACCUGGACGUUCUCUUCCGAGGAAUUGGCCUAG